CUGUCGGCUCUUCAUCCUCUCUCCCGUUCGUCAGUCAUCGGCAUCUUCGCCUCUUCUCAAGCUCCAAACAAAGAUCCCAAUCCCCAAAAUCCCAAUUCCCUGCUCUUCGCCGCCGUGUCUUCAGCCUCUCUGCCGUCGGCACUUCAGCCUCUCCGCCGUCGGCUCUUCAGCAUCUCCGCCGUCGGCUCUUUAGCCUCUCUGCUGCUCCUCGCCUCCUCGGCCUAUCCGCUGCUUCUGAGUCAUCGACCUCUCCACCGCUCCUCAGCCUCCCCGACCCAUCCCCGAAUACUUUACCCUUCGUUUCUUAUCGCAAGACAUAUCUCAAAUUCAGCGAGGAACCCCACAUCGUUCAGCGAGCCACAUCCCACCGGGGAGGAGUUCCGCCACCUGAAGCUGGAAAAAUUUUCAGCAACCAGCACCUCGACUGCCGUCGUUCGUGCGUCCUCAUCGUGCGGCCUUUUUCCAGCGAAAGGAAUCAGCGAGCAGCAACCCGUCGUCAUCUUCCUCUGCUCGUUUUUCCGGCGACCAGCAACUCGCGAGCCCACAAUCCACUGUGGGCGAAACCAGACCCACGAGCCGAGGCGAGCCCUUGUUCGUGUCCGUCAGCUGCCACGAGCCGCGAAUUCCAGCGAGGUCGAGUCAUUCCCGGCAAAGGCGAAGAAGCUACAGUGGAACCAGACCAACUGA